AUGGCUGUCGGCUUCCUCACGUUCCUUUCAGGCCUCUUUGGAUGGAUUUAUUUCCUCGCCUGGAGCGCGUCUUUCUAUCCUCAGCCCUUGCUGAACUGGCGUCGUCGCUCCACCAGCGGCACAACUAUCGAUUUCCCCUUUAUCAACGUCCUCGCUUUUUACUACUCACCAGAAAUUCGCGCUCAGUAUGCUGCGAGACACAAGGGCCUCGAAUCUACCGUACAGUUCAACGACAUCACUUUUGCCCUCCACGCUCUGUUUCUCUCCAUCAUCACAACCUCUCAGUAUCUCGCUCCAUCGUUGUGGGGGUUCACCCCGAACUCUGGAAACCGACCCAGCCGGUUUAUUCUUGGGGUAGCAGCCGGCUGUAUCACUGGGGUUCUCUUGACAUGUGUCAUUGUUGCUUCAUCUCCAGGAAACGAUGCCGUCUAUGACUGGGUUGCCCUUGAUAUCGUCUACGCCGUGGGCUAUGUCAAGCUUAUUGUCACUUUAAUCAAGUACACUCCCCAGAUCGUCACUAACUACAACAACCAGAGCACCGAUGGUUGGAGCAUCUCUCAGAUCUUGCUGGAUCUUACUGGUGGUGUCCUCAGCGUCAGUCAGCAAGCCAUCGACAGUUAUCAGCAGCGCGACUGGAGCGGCAUCACCGGCAACCCGGUCAAGUUUGCCCUUGGCAACAUUAGCAUGGUUUACGAUACCGUCUUCAUCAUUCAGCACUACGUUCUAUAUCACGACUCAGAGAAGCCGCAGUCUAGUGAUCGCGAAAAUCAGAGAUUGCUGGAUGAGGAGCGAAGAGCGGAGCGCAGCGAGUGA